UUCGUUUUCUCCUGGAGCUGCUCACAGUUUAGCCGAGACGGACGUUGCCGACAUUACUUUCCAUAAGCAUGAAGAUGAAGACAAACACCUUGAAUCUCCUGAAAAGCGAACAAUUCAGUGCUCGCGAGGCUGGGCAACGCUAGUUAUCUCGCCCAACGAUGAGUGCGAUUCCGUGGCCAUUACUCCGGGGCAAGACCGCCGCCAUAACAGGAGGCACAACUGGUAUUGGACGAGCGAUCUCUCUUGAAUUCCUGCGGCAGGGGUGCAAUGUCGCUAUCAACCAUCUUGGGCUUCCCCAUGACGAGCAGCACCGAAGGAGCCUACAUGAAGAGGCGGCCAGUAUUCGACAAGAAAGCAUGACCAGGCGUGAUAUACAUCCUGCAGGAGAAAUAAUUGACCUCGCUGGGGAUGUUUCUCUCCCAGAAACCGGUAGUCGGCUCGUCCAAGCAGCGGUAGACCGCUUUGGGGAACUAGAUGUUUUUGUCGCCAAUGCUGGAAUCUUUCAACCUGCUUCGUUUCUCGGGCUUGAUCACGACCUCUUUGACAAGACCGUCCGGGUGAAUCUGAAUGGAUCUUUCUAUGCCUGUCAAGCCGCUGCUCGGCAAAUGGUCAAGCAGGGCCACGGUGGCUCCAUCAUUGCCGUUUCAUCUAUAAGUGCUCUACAAGGAGGACGAAUGCAAACACAUUACACGCCGACGAAAGCUGGAAUAUUGUCGAUGAUCCAGAGUAUGGCUAUCUCUAUGGGUGAGCACAAUAUCAGAUGUAACGCCCUCAUGCCGGGGACCAUCAAAACUCGAUUGAGCGACGAAGAAAUCAACGAUGAAGGAAGAAGAAAAGCUCUCGAAGCAAAGAUUCCUUUGGGGAGAGCUGGUGUUCCACAGGACAUGGCAGGUCCGGCAGUUUUCCUUGCUUGUGAGCAAAUGAGCGGGUUCAUGAACGGAGCAGGGCUAUUAGUAGACGGUGGGAUGUUUGCAUAUCUUCAAUAGGUCGGCUACCUGGCAGCUUAGAGCUGAUGAGACCCUGUAUAUAUGUUCGAAUCUGUCUCGAAUUUGCAUUAAACCCUCCUCC